CUGGGCGGCGUUAUACAUUACUCGGUUUCCUAAAAAGCAAUCAGGCAUAGUGCGGACAGCCUGUGACAUCCAGAGUAGGAAGCUCUGUGCUUGUGCAUGGUGCAGAUGGCAAGUCGCCGCAUUCUCAAAGCAGUGCUGGUGGAUCUGAGCGGCACACUCCAUGUUGACGAUACACCUAUACCUGGGGCUCAGGAAGCCCUGAAAAGAUUGAGGAAUGCUCCCGUUGUCAUUCGCUUUGUGACCAACACAACCAAAGAAUGCAAAAAAAGCCUCCUAAAGAGGCUGGUGGACCUUGGAUUUGGAAUUGGUGAGGAUGAAAUCUUUACAUCACUGACAGCCGCGAAAAAUCUGGUGGAACAGAAGAACGUCCGUCCAAUGCUUUUAGUAGAUGACAGUGCAUUACAGGACUUUGAAGGAAUAGCCACACAUAGUCCCAAUGCGGUGGUGAUAGGAUUAGCUCCAGAACAUUUCAACUACCAAACUAUGAACAAGGCCUUCAGACUUGCAUUGGACGGGGCCCCAAUCAUAGCAAUCCACAAGGCCAGGUAUUACAAGAAGAAAGAUGGCUUGGCACUUGGCCCUGGGGCUUUUGUGACAGGAUUGGAAUAUGCUACAGACUCAAAGGCCAUUGUGGUUGGAAAGCCAGAAAAGACAUUCUUCUUGGAAGCCCUGAGGAGUAUUGGCUGCCUUCCGGAGGAAGCUAUCAUGAUUGGAGAUGACUGCAGGGAUGAUGUUGGAGGAGCACAGAAUUCUGGGAUGCUUGGGAUACUAGUAAAAACAGGAAAAUACAGGCCAGGAGAUGAAGAUAAAAUUCAGCCCGGUCCCUACCGGACAUGUGAAAGCUUUCCUCAAGCUGUAGAUCAUAUACUAAAUGACCUGCUUUAAACAUCCAAUAACCUCAUGGACCACAUAUUCCGUUUAUUCUAGUAUUUAUUGGACUCCUCAUAGUAUACCGAUUGCUAAAUUAGUAAGGGAACAGGCUGAUUGAACUGCUAUGUUUAAAAAAAAAUA